AUGCUUUUGGCUUCUCUCUACUUUUGGGAUAGUACUUACAACACCUUUCACCUUCCUUGUGGUAUGGUUACGCCUACCCUUUUCGACGCAGCAGCCAUUGUUGGUCUUCACCCCAAUGCCGUGAAGAUCCCUGCUAAGAAAGCUGCUGUCGAAGCGUCCCCCAGUACUGCUAAGAAGCCUUCGACAAAAGUAAGUCGAAAACCCUCAACAAUCCAAAAGAAGAAGAGUGAAGAGGAGAGAAAAGAGGAUAAAGUCCCUAGUGAAGAGUCUGGUGAUGAAUCUCCAGAGUUAGUCCCUCCUCCUCAGAAGAAAAAGAAACUCACGAAGGUUUCUUCCCAAAGGUCCAUCGUCAACCCAAUCAGGAAGGAUUCUGCCAGUACUUCUCCUGCCAAGCCUCAGUCGAAAGAUACGGGGAGUGGGAAAUCCGGUUUUAACACUGAAAUUCCUGAGGAACAAGUGGCUGUCGAAGGAACGUCUGAGAAAAUUUUGGAGGAAACAGCGCCAGAGGAAGAUAUCCCCGCAAGUGACCAUGACAUGCAAACCGUAGAAGAAUUUGACACUACAGUGGGUGAAGCUUCUGAAGAUGAAUCUCCUCCUCAUCCAGGAUUACAUGUUGCACCUCAGGGUGAUGAUAUUGAAAUGGAGGUUGUCGUCGAAGAUGAUCCUGAAGAUGGAGCUGCCAGAGAUGGGGACAACCAGUCGAAACGAACAGAGGUUGAGCCUACUUCGACGCGAAACACUCCUCCUGCUCCUGACCGGGCCCAAGGGAGUGGCAAAUCAACUGUUGAUGACUCUCAUUGA